AAGAAGAAUGCUUUGCAAAUUUGGGAGAGAACAAAUGAUUACGAGCGAAUAAAACAAGAGCGCACGGUUGCAUCUUGUGAGUCCCACUCCCACUGCCCUGGAUCAUUACCACCACCCACCCACGGUUGCUUGUCCAAGAAUCUGAGCACCUUUCUCUCUCCUCUCCCCAUAUUCUCCGUCGUCAGUCUCCUUCUUUACUCGUAUUCUCUCUCCUACAUACACCCAAAUUCAACACCACUACUACAGAGCGAGAAGCAUCAAUGGAGAGCGCAUCGGAAUUGGCGGCAUUUCCGCUACUAAUCGAAUCAAAUUACAGAGCAUGCACCAUUCCUUACCGAUUUCCGAACGAUAACCCUAAAAAACCCACUCCCACUGAAAUCUCUUGGAUCAACCUCUUCGCCAAUUCCAUUCCUUCUUUCAAAGAACGGGCAGAGAGUGAUGACACAGUGCCGGAUGCUAAAGUUAGAGCUGAAAAGUUUGCAGAAAGGUUUGGUGAGAUACUUGAAGAUUUGAAGAAAGACCCAGAAAGUCAUGGUGGCCCACCUGACUGCAUUCUGCUUUGCAGGCUUCGGGAGCAAGUGCUUCGGGAAUUAGGAUUCAGAGAUAUAUUUAAAAAAGUUAAGGAUGACGAGAAUGCAAAGGCUAUAUCUUUAUUUUGCAAUGUGGUGAGUCUUAAUGAUGCUAUUGAGGAUCCAGUAAAACGUUUGGAGAAUCUGGUUAAAGGAAUGUUUGCUGGAAACAUAUUCGACCUUGGCUCUGCAGAGCUUGCAGAGGUAUUUUCGAAGGAUGGGAUGUCCUUUUUGGCCAGUUGUCAGAACCUGCUCCCUCGACCAUGGGUAGUUGAUGAUCUUGAUACCUUCAAAGUUAACUGGAUUAAGAAGUCUUGGGGAAAGGCUGUGAUUUUUGUUGAUAACUCUGGUGCAGAUAUCAUCUUGGGAAUUUUACCAUUUGCCAGGGAGUUACUGCGCCGUGGUACACAGGUUAUUUUGGCAGCCAAUGAGUUGCCUUCUAUUAACGAUGUUACAUAUACAGAAUUGUUUGAUAUUGUAUCACAGUUGAAGGAUGAAAGUGGACAGCUUAUGGGUGUUGAUACUUCCAAACUCUUGAUUGCCAAUUCUGGCAAUGAUUUGCCGGUAAUUGAUCUAACAAGUGUGUCACAAGAGCUUGGAUAUGUAGCUAGUGAUGCAGACCUAGUUGUUUUGGAAGGAAUGGGGCGUGGAAUAGAGACAAAUCUUUAUGCUCAGUUCAAGUGUGAUUCCAUCAAGAUUGGGAUGGUUAAGCAUCCAGAAGUUGCCCAAUUUCUAGGAGGAAGGCUUUACGAUUGUGUCUUCAAAUACAAGGAGGUUUCCAAUUAAUUCCCAAAAAAGAAUGACCCUUUACUCUCUUUUAAGCAUCCAGAUUUACAGUAUCAGGUCCUGGUGACAUCUGUUGCAUUUUAUUAGUAUUUCCUUGAAUAUUCUGCAUGACUGAGUUAAACCAGAGGCUUAAUCACUCAUGCCUAAUGCCAAUUUUACUGCAUCUGUCAUUUUUUAAGCCCCUGUUUAUCGGCAUGCAAAUGCUCUAGCUGUGGGAACAUAAAUACUUUUCCAUUCCUUUUACUGUACUAAUAACUAAUAAUUGCAAAUGUGAGGACCAAGAAGAAAAUGCUUUGAAUUUCCAUAAUUUUUAUGAGAAAUAUACAGAAUGCUUUCUGUCA